AUGGCAACAAAUAGAGCUAAACAACCUUGUAUCAAAUGUGAUAAAGGCGCAGGUAUUACUAUAUGUGGAGGAUGCCAGGAAUGGUUUUGUGUGAAGCAUUUUACCGAACAUCGACAGAGUCUUGGUGAAGAGAUGGAUCGUGUCGGUCAACAACAUGAUUUCCUGUACAGAACGUUAACUGAAAAUAACGUUACACAUCCACUCCAUUUACGCAUUAAUGAUUGGGAAACUACAUCGAUUAAGAAGAUUCAAGAAGUGGCAGAAAAAGCUAGAACUGAUCUAGAAAGAUGUUUGAGUGAAACAAAAAUUCAAUUAAAAGAAUCCAUGGACAAAAUAAAGAAUGAAUUAGCAUCGAGUUGUGUAUCCGAAGACUAUACCGAGACGGAGUUAAGAGAAUGGGCUGAAGAACUGAACAAACUUCGACAACUACUUGAGACACCAUCGAAUUUUGACGUUGUUGAAGAUAAUCAAUCCCACCCAUUCAUUCAAGUCAUUCCACAGAAACGUAUGUAA